UUACCCGGAAAAAAGACUUCAGCUUCAGCGCUCAUAACCAUACGCGGACGAGCCCGGUUACUGUUCGCAGGAAACAUAAGCGCAGCCGCUUUUAUUAAUAUAAUAUGGAAAGUUAACGUCUCUGCUUAAUAGCGCAGGAACUCUCUGAACUACUGGACUUUGGACAACGAAUUCCCUAGAGAGCACAAAAUACUUACUGUUCGGAUGCCUGGGCUCCCCAUGAGCAAAAGAGCAGCGUGAUAUGAACGGCGGGUUGUUGUGCAUGGCUGAAGGCAGAUCAGGAUUUUGAAGGGUAAUGAAAGAGAGCUCCAGGAAUGCCUUAUGUGGAUCGAAACCGCCGUAUAUGCGGCUUCUUGGACAUCGAAGAGAAUGAGAGCAGCAACAAGUUCCAGCGGAGGUACUUCAUCCUGGACACCCAGAACAACCUCCUGAUCUGGUACAUGGAUAACCCCCAGAACUUGCCCUCUGGAGCGAAUGCUGUGGGUAGCCUUCCUCUAACAUACAUCUCCAAGGUCAGCGAGGCUACAGCCAAACAGAAACCAAAAGCAGAGUUCUGCUUCGUCAUCAAUGCCUUAUCCCGUCGAUACUUCCUACAAGCCAAUGACCUUUGUGAUCUGAAGGAGUGGGUGCUUGCUUUAAAUAAUGCCACUAAGAUCACGGUCCCGAAAGUAAGCAAGGCCCAGCCAAAGUCUGAGGUUCCCAGGUCAUCAGCGGAGCACCAGCCGAAGAGGCAACAGGCGUACAAGACUGAGAUUAUCGGUGGAGUAGUGGUGCACACUCCUAUCAAUCAGAAUGAAGGAGAGGACAAUGACCCUGGUGACACCGGCCUUCGUACCCAUGCCCGGGGACUGCCAAGCUCGGUGGCUGCCGCCAAGCCAGGGGUUGUGCGAUGGGGCUUUUGCGUCAAACAGGGGAAUGUGAGGAAGAGCUGGAAGCGAAGGUUCUUCACCCUGGAUGAUAGUUCUGUCAGUUAUUACAAGUGUGACACGGACAAAGAGCCUCUUAGAGCAAUUUCUUUGAAGGACAUCAGCAAAGUCCAUGAAUGUAUGGUCAAAUCAGGGGAGCUGCUGUUGCGAGAUAACCUGUUUGAAAUCAUCACAAGCGCUAGAGUCUUCUACAUACAGGCGGACACCCCGGAGGAUAUGCGUGACUGGAUCAAGGCGAUCUCUAGCAAAAUCCAAGAGCUGCAAGGCCCCGUUAAGGAAUCUCUCUUUGGUCGGUCCACCUCUUUGUAUCGUGGCAACAAGCCCCCGAGUUCUGGGGCUCGAAGGAUACAAGCGGGUAGCGAGGAGAGGAAGGCCACUCUCACCAAAUCGUGCUCAGUGGCCCCAUCCUGGCAGCCGUGGACCCCUGUGAACACCACCAGUUCCGAGCUGCUAGUGGUAGAGGAAGGGGAAACAGGUUUCAGCUCAUUGCCCCCCCUGCCAGCAGAGCCCGGGAAGGAUCUGGACCCAGCAGGCUCCCGACGUCGCCACAGAUCUCAGCCGCAGGCUAACACUGACAAAGUUUUCCCCUUUAACAUUGACGAUGACGGCAUACGCACCACCGAUGUAUAGACUGUGGCAAAGGCAAGAUAAAAUGAAACCUGCGUCGGUCUUGGGGUCUCGCUGCAUUUUCACCACAGCUUUGUCUUGUUUUCCAGUUGUGCCUGUACUGGACACGCUGCUAUGUCAGUGAAGGCUGGUAGUGAUGAUAUACAAAAAUAGGCAAAAUGGUACAUUGCAGACUUACUACUUAUGCCCUUAACAAGGAGGCUGGAAAGGUACUUGAAGGAAGGAUUGAGGAGGAGGUAUAAACUUGUGAAUACUCCUAAAUUGUAUUUGUUUAUUCUCAUUACAUUCUAUGGAACAGUAUCUCCUAUUUUUACUCUAAUCUUCUGUGAAGAAAGUACUUAAACUUUUUUGUACUUUUGUUUUUUAAGCUUUCUUUUACUUUUAAUGUUUUUUUAGUUGAUAUUCACAUUUAUAUUGUUUUAUUCUUGCUAUACCAAGUUUUUGGUGAUCGUAUCACCUUUACACUUGCGUUGGCAGUGGGUUCAGUAGAUAGUAGAGGACAUCUGGCUUGCUUGAAGUGUAUUUUUCGACACAUUUUGAUUUUUACACACAUAUUGUCAGAUGUCCUUGAAUGGAAAAUUGUUAUGCCUGUCUUGUUUUGUCAAGCUUUUCUGAUUUUGUUACUGAACUCAUUUGCUUAAAAUAGCAGAAUAGGAAGCUGUAAAGUGUUGAAUGCUGACUAAAUUGUUUUAUUCGCCUUUUCUUACUCUAGCUUUCAAUGUUUUCAAUGUUGCUAUAUUUAGACAUAAAGGGAGCCCAUGGAUUGCGAAAUUUUUAAUGAACAAUUUGCCAACAGAAACUGUAAUAUUGAAGGAAUAUCAGGCAUCGUUAAGCAUUUUAUAUUUUAUUACUAGGGAAAUGCUUAUUCAUUUGUUUCAUUUAUUUUCCCAUGUUUUAUUUUUUAUUACCAUCAGCAUGUUAAGACUACCCUGCCUCGUGCCCAUUGCUUCCGGGAUAGGCUCCGGACCCCCCGCAACCCAGUAGGAUAUGUGGUUUGGAAAAUGGAUAGAUGGAUGGAUGUUGACUGUCAUCACAAUGGUUCAAAAAUAAAUGAAGGUUUUAUUUUUA